UGUCACCUAAUGAGGGUGGGAAAGUCACAGCUAGUAUCUUCACGUUGGUUUAGUAGCCUGGACUAUUUUUACAGUAAGGAAACAUUUGCGCUUUUAUUUGUGCCGUAUAUUUGCUUAUUUAAGGACCAUUGUUGGUAUUACGUCGGUCUGAGAGGGGAAGAACAAUCAUUAACUUGAUUUAUUAAAUUGAUCUAUCAGGGGGUCAGUGCUGAAAAUAGCUUAAAUCUGGAUUGUUGCAUCCCUGAUGAGAAAUACAUGUUUUAUGGAGAUGAGGACAACCCCGACAAGGCGCCAGCUAUGUGGUGUGGUGGAGUGCGCUGUGUCCGUAUGCGGUGCUUCACCAGAACGAUGACCAGAGCCUCUGAUCUCCAACACAUGGGAACUAGGAGACAUCCAAUCCUGCUCCGGAUAUUCCUGCUGGUCCUUCUUCUUCAUGUAGCCAGAGGAAAUACCUCUGCACAAACAUCUCAACCUCCACCCUUCUCACCCUCUCCUUCAUCAUUACCACCACCUGUUUUACUCUCUCCAUCCUCUGCCCCGCCUCCUUCGAACUCAACUCCACCAAGUCCACCGCUUAUAACAAAGACUAUACAGACUACAACCACAUCAGUGUCUACCACCCAAAAUACUGAAGCAUCAACCAUGUCACAUAGUAGCACAACAUCUACACCAGCUAUAGCCACAACACCUGCAGCUCCAUCAGCCAUCCUGUCCACAGCCACAUUACCCACUACAGACAUUUCUUCAUCUAACACUCCAAACACGUCAACAGUCUUGGUGCCCAUGUCUAAUGCAUCCUCGAACCCACCCCCCACAUCCCUCACAACCCCUCACCCAUCACCACUGCACACUGCCUCAUCCAACAUGACUAAGGAACCAAUGACAUCCACCAUGCCAUCUCCAUCCACUAUUCUGCACUCGACUUCGCCCAUCAUAACGUCCACUACCAACAUGACCUCUGAAAAUGACACAUCUCCAGGACACUCCACUCCUGUGCCAAUAACAGUCACCUCUAAUGCCACUACAGAGUCAGCAGAGGUGCAUUGUAACUUCUCACAGCUCUGUGCCAAUCAGUCUGUGUACUACUGGAUGGUCCUUGCGGUGGAUGUGACUGGAGAUCUGAAGAAUGAAUCCGACAUCAGUGGCUGGUUCAGGGCUCUAUUUCCUUCUCUCUUGGAUUCCUGUGAGCCCUACAACCCUGAACAAGCAAAUGGCACAAAUUCGACUGACACACUGCAAACCACCUCUGUCAGUCCAACAUAUCCCACCCCCUACAACAUGACAACAUGGUUAUACAACGUCACCACGACAACACUAUCCCAGAACUUCACCAACUUCACCACGACAACACUAUCCCAGAACUUCACCAACUUCAACAUGACAACCUUGACAACUAACAUGACAACUAUGCUUUACAAUAGUAUUAGUACUCCCUCACACAACCGUAGCAUGCCAACUCUUUCUCCCAGCUGGCCCCAUAGCACCACAAGUGAAGAGCAUGACGGUGGAAAUAUGACUGCUGCCAGCCUGUUUCAAGACAUUGAGGUGACGUGUGUCAAUAAAACAGGGAUCAGGAGGACUAACUGCACUGUGCUGCUGAAGACGAGGAAGUCAAUGUUUCCCUGUUGUUUACAGCGAGCCCUGUGGCUGGGUCAGGAGAACAGCUCCAUACAAACCUAUAUAGUGGGAAAUAGAGUGGAGAGAGUGGGUAAGGGUCUGUGUGCAGGCCAAUUGCCUCCAAGUAAUGGUUUUGCAAAGUGCACCGGCUUCCUGAAUGGCACUCUCCCUCUUCCAAACACGUGUCACACUCCAGGGCCUGUCAAUAUCUCAUGUGGACAUGCAGGGACUGUUUACGUGCCUCUUGGGAAUCAAACCCAAAUGGACUGUGGUAUGCCCACUAAACCUCCCAUCGAUGUGGAGAUUGUCUGCAACUGCUCCUCUUACUGCUAUGGUACAGCUGCAUACUAUACCUUGGGCAUACAGAUCAAAGAUCCUGCUAUGAAUAUUUCAAACAUCUUCUAUAUGAUUGAUCAGCUAAAAACUCCUCCACCCUGCAACAACACCUCAGAGACACAUCCUCCCUGUCCCCUGCCCAUCAUAUCAACUAUCUACCAGGAUGCUCAUGUGGAAUGCAGUGGUGCAAAUACCAAUCUCCAAAGCUGCAGGGUUAUCGUGCGCCUCAACCAUUCGGUGCCUAUAUGUGCAGUUAGUACUGCAUUGAUGACUGUGUUCAAUGAUGAGCACGGUAUUGGCUAUAAUGGAACGGUGACCCGAGCAGCCAUUUGUGGCUACCCAAGAUCCAGUGGAGGUCUAUUGAAUUCGACCUUCACGUGGGAGAGUAUCAACCUCAACACCACUUUGUUCUGCGAGGCUGAAAAGACCACUGUCAUCGUCAGCUGCAAACAAGGGAAAAAUGUGUGUGUGCUCCUGAAUGAAACGUGCGACCCCAUGCCUCCUUCUACUUCACCCAGCCCAAUGGCCAACACCACUUUACCUGCAACAACAAUACUGCCUCCUCCACCCAAUGUCACUAUACACCUAAACACCCCCUACGUCCCAUUGAACACAACAUUAGCUCCACUAAACACCACUUCUACAGCUCCAAAUACUACACCAUCAGCUCCAAAUACAACCAUCGCCACGACAACCCGGGGUAAUACCACUACAAACUCAUCAACGCCCAUCAUUCCACCAGUGAAUUCCACAACAGCUUCCCCAAAGUACACCACGACAGCUGUUAUAACAACCACCGCAGCGCCCAACACCACAGCAGCCAGUAGUGAAGAGCAGGCCAAUCAGCUGCUGGAUCUGACUAGUAACGUGUCCAAGCUCAACUCCUCCCAGGUGGACCAGCUGGUGUCCCAGCUAGAGGCCCUGUUGGCCGGGCCCAAUGUCAGCCUGGCUCUGGGGAAAACCUCUGUCAAAAUCGUUAGCAACCUGCUGGGUGCCUCCUCUAACACCCUGGCCUCCUCCUCCACCAAGAUCAUUGGGAUUGUUGAUACGGUGGGCCUGAAGCUGGUCGUUCAGCAAGAGGCUACAAUUUUAACCAAGUCGGUUGCUGUCGCAGUCAAAACAGUGGACGGCACUAAUUUCCAGCAAACAUCUUUCUCCAUCCCGGACCCCAACAAUGUGCAGAUCCGUGGAGAUGGCAGAGCCAGGAGAAGUGUGAGAACAGAGGCGUCCUCCCUUCCCCAGGGCUCCAUCACGUUCCCCUCCUCCCUCACAGCGAACCUCUCCCAUGAGCAGCAGCUACAAGCCUCCAGACUCCAGUUCAACUUCUACCAGAAGGCCACUGUGUUCCAGGACCGAGCCCUGGGAGAUAGCAGGCUGUACAGUGGGAUCCUGGGAGCCAGUGUGGCCAACCUGUCAAUCAAAUCUCUGCAGGAGGACGUGGUGAUCACCCUGAGAAACACUGAGCCCGUCCCAGCAAAUGUUGUGGUUUCAUGUGUUUUCUGGGACUUUGGCUUGAAUGAUGGCUCAGGAGGCUGGAACCGAAAAGGCUGCUCUGUCAGGAACAGCACAGAUAAUGAGACUGUCUGUGCCUGUAACCAUCUCACCAGCUUCGGUGUGCUACUGGACAUCUCCAGAACGGGCAUAACCAAUCAUCUCCAGGCCACAAUCCUCACCUACAUCACCUACAUUGGCUGUGGUAUCUCCGCCAUCUUCCUCUCCGUCACUCUGCUCACCUACCUGGCCUUUGGGAAACUGCGUAAGGACAUCCCAUCUAAGAUCCUGAUCCAGCUGUGUGUGGCGCUGUUGUUUUUAAACCUGGUGUUCCUGGUAGAUGCCUGGCUGGCCCUCUACACUGAGGCUGUGGGCCUGUGCAUCUCCACCGCCUGGUUCCUGCACUACUUCCUGCUGGCUUCCUUCACCUGGAUGGGCCUGGAGGCCGUCCACAUGUACUUGGCCCUUGUCAAGGUCUUCAACACAUAUAUAAAACGCUAUAUGCUUAAGUUCUCUCUCGUCGGCUGGGGCGUCCCACUCCUUGUGGUCAUCGUCGUUAUUGCUGUUGAUAAGAACAAUUACGGCCUUGUUGGCUACGGAAAGUACUCAGAUAACUCCCCUACAGAUGACUUCUGCUGGCUGAAGAACAACAUUGCCUUCUACGUAUCUGUGGUGGCCUACUUCUGUGUCAUCUUCCUGUUGAACCUCAGCAUGUUUGUGGUGGUGAUGGUUCAGCUGUGUCGGAUAAAGAGUCAGAACCCCCACAACAUGAGGCACCGUAACGGGCUGCAGGACCUGCGCAGUGUGGUUGGGAUCACCCUACUCCUGGGCCUCACCUGGGGCUUUGCCUUCUUCGCCUGGGGGCCCGUCAACCUGGCCUUCAUGUACCUCUUCGCCAUCUUCAACUCCUUUCAAGGGUUCUUUAUCUUUUUGUUCCACUGCGCUGUGAAGGAGAACGUGAGGAGGCAGUGGAGGACUUAUCUCUGCUGUGGUAGACUGAGACUGGCAGAGAACUCAGACUGGAGCCGCACGGCUACACAGAAGACGGAGAAGAAGUCAUUGUCAGUGACCAGAGCCACGUCCUUCCGCUCCGGCAACUCUUCCCAGUUCAACCAUACCUCCAGCUCCUCCUUCUUGACCGGUGACUCCCCAGAGCAGCCCAGUGGAGCAACAGGAAGUCUAUUUGAUGACAGAACCAUCACAGGCCUUGAGGAGCUCAACUCAGACGUGGUCCUCAAUGAGGUGAACAGCCAAUUCAGGACUCAGAGUCAGAGAUCAGCCUGAGUCCUGUGAAACACUAGGACUAGUGUAGGCUGGUAGGGGAGUGGACUUACGUGAGACAGUGUGUUUCAUAGUAUUUUCUAUGUUUAUAUGAAAUAUUUGAAUGUUAAUGCUGCAUUUUGUAGUUUAAUGGAAGUGUGUGACAGACCACACUAAAGAGAUGGGACAUCACUGAAGAUCCAGCAUGCUCAUGGAUUUCGUCCAGUUGACCUACCAAUACUAUCAUGAACUCGUCUAGGCUGGCACCUUUGAUUGUGAAUAUCAAUGCAUGUACUGUACUGAAAAGGUAUCUACAGUAGCACGGAGGAAAAACCCAGCUCUUACUGUAGAUCCUCACGAGCUGCAUCCUAUGACUUCAUACUACAUGUUUUAUCGUUUUUCUCAGCAUUCUUCAGAGGCAUAAGCUGACACAUACUAACACUCUGUCACUACCUGGUUUGAUUUCAUUUAAAAUAAAGGCAAAGCUCUUUUAUACUAUACUCAGAAUCAAGAUAUGUCCAUGAGAUAUAUAUGUACAUAUGUUUUAAAGAGGUAUCAUAACAAUGGGUGUGUAAUUAAAUGUUAUUUCACCAAUAACAAUUGUAUAAAUAAAAUGAAAUGUUUUAUUUUAA